UCCUUUUUCUAUCUAAGGAAAGCUAAAAACUUGGCCUUAACGGAAUACUGCGUCGGUUUACUUUUGAAGUUGAGCCCAUCAUCAAUUGGAUUGAACUCCGUUCAAACGCAAACCCUGAACCGAAGCUGCUUGUUCCUUGAGCCGCCGCCCCAUUGUGGUUGUUGUCCAGUCUACUUCUUCUCUUCGUACUUUCAUUGAAUCCAAUCAGCUUUUCUUUCUUUCCUUGCCUUCGCUUCAAUCAUAACUCACCAAUCUCUAUUCUCUCUUCGGCUGAAGUCCUUCUCACAGAUACGUGAUUUCUGAUUUAUUACUUUGGUGCACUAGUUGACUGUCAAUGGCUACUAGUUCUGGCAUUGAAUCCAAUGAUGGCUUUUCAAGCUCAAAAGAAGCUGAGCCUGAGACGCCUCAGAUUCCACCUUUUAGAAUGCCUACUAUGGAAGAGAUCGGUGCCCAAGAAGUCUGGAACAAUUGUGCUAUUCGCAGUGUUGCAAGUGGAGUGAUGGGAGGUGGGCUUGGGUUGUUCAUGGGUCUGUUUCUAGGUGCGUUGGAUAAUCCAUUAAUGCAAGAAGAGAUGACUGCAAGGGAGCAGUUCAUUUAUACUGCAAAGCAAAUGGGGCGUAGAAGUUGGAGUUCUUGUAAGGCAUUUGCUGUUAUGGGGUUGAUUUUCUCAGCUGCCGAGUGUAUUGUUGAAAAGGCACGGGCAAAACAUGAUGCUACAAAUACAGUUGUUGCGGGGUGUGUAACUGGUGGUUCAAUGUCUGCAAGAGGGGGUCCGAAAGCAGCAUGUGUUGGUUGUGCUGGGUUUGCUGCAUUCUCAGUUUUGAUAGAGAAGUUCCUAGAAAGACAUACUUGACAAGUAUCCUGCAGUCCCGCUCCAGUUUUGCAGAUGCUAGUAUAUUCAAGUUUUCGUAAGACAAGUAGCUUGCCUGUGGAAUUUACAUUUUUUGCCCGAUGCUGUCAUUUUUCACCCAAAUGAAAUUUGUCUUCAGUUAUUAAUGGGGGAUCUCAUUGAAAUACAAGUCACAUAAAACCAUUAGAUUUGCAAUACUUUCAUUAGCAAUGGUCAUCAUAUUGAGGAUAUCAGCUGUGGAUAUCCUUCCUGACACAUAAUUUUUAUUUGAAAAGGUGACAUUAAGUAUGCCUUUGUCUCUGAUUUUAUGUCCUUGUUGAAAGAUUGUUCAGGAUCUUGUAUUUGGCAGAUGUAAUGCAAGUGUAAAGUCUAAACUAUUGCACAGGUGAUGAAUAACCGAGCUAGUGUCAUUCUACUAUCUUCACAAAUUUAUAAAAUCAGAUAUCAGAUAUGCUA